UCACAAGCCAAGUUGAACCUGUGAUAAUUUACAUUGUCGCAGUUAGUUUGUGACGAGGCCGAAACUCUACAGUAGAUGCGAUGAGCGACAUGGCAGAUAAUGUUGAACCGAAGAACACCAUUCGCAUAACAAGGCAAGGGAAGAUACGUUAUUGGGUAAACUUUGCCCUCGAGUUUUUUGAGAAGAAUCCCGAGGAUGCAUUGAUGCUGUAUACACCUCCAGGCAGUCUAGUGAUGCCACGUCUUAUCACGGUGGUUGAAAUUAUCAAAAGGGAAUAUAUGAAGAUCUUGGACAUUUCAAGCAGUUUAUCAGGUCUGCACCAAUACAACCGUCUGGGAUAUGUCGAAGAUGCGGAACGGGGGGACGAUGAAGAGAGACUACAACCAUACAUGAAGAUCACGCUGAGCAGACGAGCUCUUCCGGGUUCAGCGGACCAAAGCGUCACGUACCAGACGCCGGCCAUGCGACGGCUGUCCCGCACAACCAAGGCAAGGAUGAGGAAAAGACAGAAGGGCGAAGCUGGUCAAGAGAUGGGUAGUGGGAAUAAUUAAUGUCGAAAUAAUACGCAAAUAAUAUUACAUAAUACACAGCUGUUUGGUGGCUCU